AUGUCCUCCCUUCCCUCCUCCUUCGACGUGGUCGUCAUCGGCACGGGCCUCACCGAGUCGGUGCUUGCAGCUGCGUGUGCACGCGCGGGGAAGUCCGUGCUCCACCUCGACGCAAACCUCUUCUACGGCGCACGGCACGCCACCUUCUCGCUGCGCGACUUCUCUGCGUGGCUGCGGGGCGAGGCGGCCGCGGGCGAAGCCGCGCAACGCAUGGACCCGUCCGCUGGCGCACCUCCCGGAGACGAGGUGGCCCAACCCGACUCCUCGCAGCCACUGCGAGUGACGCACACUCCCCACGCACCACGCCUCGUCUCCUACAUCUCCGGUGACGGCACCACCGAGCCGGGCGGCGUGGACGCAGCCGUGGACGCACCAGCCGGGGACGCACCGGCGACUGGCGCGCCAGGCGACGCCUCGGCGCCGCCGCCGGAGCUGCUCGACCGCUCCGCGCGCUUCAACAUCGACCUCUCCCCGUCGCUGAUCC